AAGUCGGAGUGCGGGACGCAUAUGGAGACCCCGAACCACAUCGUGGCCGCUGCCCGGACCGGCGGCUUCCUGACGGCGGUUAGCGCCUCGGGGGUCAUCGUCGACAUCGACGAGUUAGUCAUCGUCCACGACGACGCGUGCCAUUUGCGCUUGAUGGUAGAGGCGAACCGGGCCAGUUCUCCGAUCGCCGAGGAGCUUGCGGCCGAUGUCGCAUGCAUCGUCGACGAGUACCACGCCGGCGCACACGUGGGGGCGUGGUGCAAGAAGCAGCGCCUGCCAUCUCUGCCGGAAAACCAG